CACUGCGCUGCUGCAGCUGCGGUGGUGGCGGGCUGCGCUCCUGCUUUUGCGGCCUUCAUUCUUUCCCAUAUACAUUCCAGCUUCUCGGACAGAUCACUAUAUACUCCGACACAGCAUUUUAUCCUUUCUGUAUACCAUUAUCGUCCCAUUGAAGAAGUCCCGACCCCGCGAAUCGACAUUCUGUCGUAGGUGCACAAGUUGGGAUUCUUGCUUCUGGUAGCCCUCCAAACCUUGAAUUGAACUUGGAGUUGAGGCCCGUUGAAUUUGAUUGCUGUGCGCACAAAAAGUCCCAGAGGCAUGUCAGAAAAUGUCUCGAAGAUUCUGACUCAUAUCACCACCUAUGAUGGGUCUGCAGCUGAUCCCUAUGACCAUGAGAUCUCUCUCAUCGAUACCACCCAGCCUGGGAACGAGUCCCGAACCCACGAUGAGCCUCGCUCAGGCUCUCCAAGCUCGAGUACGAGACAGUUGGCAAAAAAGGGAACAAGGGAAUCUCUGAAGGAGCACCUUGGCCGGCGGAAGUAUGCCAAAUACCAGCAGGACCGCUAUCACUCCAAAACAAGCAGUGUUGUAACCGCUGAGGAACCUUCGUCGCAAGCAGCAUCAACUCGAAAGGCGCAACAUGCCGGCACAGAGGCUGGAACGCAGGAGGUGGACUUUGCACACACCGCAUCUGUCGCAAGAGGCCGAAAGAGUGCAGAGAAGAGGAGGCGAGAAUCCAAAAAGCUCAAACAUGAAAUCCAUGAAAUUGACAUAUUGUACGAAAACCAGAGGGGAUGGUUCUUCUGUGGCAUUCCCCUUUAUUCACACUCGUCUCUGCUACCUCCCGAUCCCAGUCCCUGGUCGACCAAGGAUCUGAAGGAUUCAGCCGUCAAUAUCACCAAUGCACAGGUGCCUGAUCCGACCUGGGAAUGGGCAUGGAACAGCUGGUAUGUCGACAUGAGUCACGAUGUGGACGAGGAAGGUUGGCAGUAUUCUUUUGCUUUUGGCCACAACUGGACCUGGCAUGGGACGCAUCCUUGGUUCCACUCAUUUGUCAGACGGAGACGAUGGCUGCGGAAGAGAGUCAAGCGCGAUGGGCAUGGCAGCUAUGGCAGGCCUGGAAGCAUGAGUGAUGCCCACCAUCUAACCGGCGAUUAUUUCACAAUCCAUUCAAAGCGAGAUCGUAGUCCGAUCAGUGCCGUUGAUGGCGCCGGUAAAACCGCCAGACCAUCAAGUUUCAUCAGCUUUCCAAGCACGAUUGAUCAGGACGAGCCACCGGAGGAGAUCAAGGAUAUUGCGACCCUGGUUACGGCCCUCAAGUUUGCACCUAUCGAUCGAGAGAAGAUUGAUGUGGUCAAGAGGUUCGUCCAACAAGGUGGAGAGGAGCUGGUCUACCUCAAAGAACACAUCCCUGCCAUCAUGUCAUUUCUCGUUUUCCAAAAUUCCAGGAGACAGCUAGUUUCAUAUCUUAAGAAGACGGCAAACGAAGCGCGCGAACAUCGGCAGACCCACGAGGAAGAGAACAAACCUGAGGGUGACGCUGAAAGUCGAAGAAUCAACAAUCUGCUCUCCGCGGUCGAGGCUGCCGACGCCGAGAUUGGAGCACUUGAAUACUGGAGCGACAGGAAACACGUGUUAAAGACCGACGAUGCCCAAAGUCUUACUACGCCACCGAUAGCCACCAUCUUCGACCAGCCGGUUCCAAAGCCAAAGGCCGACGAUGACCCCGUGGAAGAGAUCAAAGGAAUACCCGAGAAGGCCGACAUUGAAGAGGCAAACACGCAUUCGAUAUUCAAUUCCGAGUGGCUAUCAUCCAUUGAGGACAAGCAGGGGCAAGACGAGGCGAAGGAGACGGAAGACAAGGGCAAAGGUCGUGCGUAUGAUAGCGAGGACGAUCAAGUGGAGCAAGACUCGACACCACGACUGGGAGCGGAUGAGGUCUAUGUUCCAGACCAAGACUAGUGGUCUGAGAGAGCGAGGUGCAUUGUCCAUUAGCGCAGGCGUUUGACUGGAAUAUUUGGGUGUGGCCGCAGUCUGUUAGCCAUUGGAGUUCCAGGAGCAUUCGAUGAAAGUACCUCGUAUUGGUAUCCGAGCUCGCCGAUAAUCGGUGGCUGGGGAACUGGCUGGGAGGCCAAUAUAACCAUACUCGGUUAGCGCCC